AUGGAGCUGUUUGUGUUCCGCCAGCAACUGGUCGAUCGGCGCGUGCUGCCCGACUUCCAAUUCGCCACGUACGCUCCGGAGGAGCUUCUAGAGGUGCGCGUCAUCACUGACCCGCGCCACCCCGCCUACGGGCAGGCUGGCCUCUUUGCCAAGAGCACGAUCCCGUCCAACACAAUCGUCACGCCUUACUCGGGUUUCAUUGAGGUCUUCGCCACGUCGUGCAACUCCCGCACGUACACAAUGGGGUUUGGUGCCGUCGGAGACGACUAUGCGCUCGACGCGGAGUUUGUCGGCAACUAUGGGCGCUUCGCGAACGACCCGCGUGGCGUCGGCACUCUGCAGGCGAACCUCUCCGCUGAAAACCGCUUUAACAGUCGCGGGGAGUCUUUCACAGCACUCGUGUCGCGGCGACAGAUCAACGCGGGGGAGGAGAUACUCAUGUCCUAUGGCAAGGCACAUCGACUGAGCGCGACACCAUGGAUGAACGUCCAGGGAGAGCCCAUCAUGCGACCGCGCCUCGGCGGUAUCGUACCGUUCCCGUCUUUCCGCACUGAAUCUGUCUCCGCUGUCACUGAUUCGACCUCUGCGUCCCCUGCGCUCGCCACAUCGUUGUCGCAAAGGUCUGCCGACGGCGCCAAGACCGAGGACGGCUGUGCAGCUGAGGGGUCAGGCGUCGCUGCCGUCAGCGCCUCUGCGACAGGUGGUUCCGCCUCAUUAUCCGAGGUUGAUGGCGCAUCAGCGCCGGCCAUCGAUCCCGCGGGGGCCACCUUGAACGCGCCAGACACGAAGCAGCCGGUGGCGCUGUCGAGAUUCUUACCUGACGUCGCUAACGAUCUUCUUUGGGAGUGCACGCAGUGCGGUAUGUGGUCGAUCUGUGAGGCAUCCACGGCGGAUGCGCCGCUGCCCUGCGCUGCUUGCGCCACCCCAAAACUGAGUGGCGCACGGCUAGUGAGUCUGCUCAGCAGUCCAGCCAUCACACAAGCGAUGUUGCUAGCAGAAGCGGGGCUUGACGCUCAAGGGCCCUCUGCAGCAAGUACCUCCACGCCGCCGCCAACUCAGGUCUCCGCUGCGUCGCUUACCUCCUCUACUAGCUUCAGCUCUGAGCACACCGACUGGCCCAUGAACGUGCCGUUUCUACCGUGGCAGGUCUGGGAUGCGGCCGUGCCACUGACGGUGCUGGCGAAGCACUCGCGCUUCGAGACCCAGGGACACAUAUUCGUGUACACGGUCGACACCGGGCUGGGCCGAGAGAAGCGCGGCCGCAGUGUGCGUGAUGUCCACGGGAGUGGGUCCUCAGUGACUGCGCACAUGCCGCCAGGGACCCCCGACGCGGAGCCAUCGCAGGAAACCCGUUCCUCAACGGUGGCCCGGUUCCAGCUUCAUUCGCGUAACGCAGAUGACGCCUCGCUAGCGGGGCUGCGAGUUCGUGACGAACACCCUAUUGUCACCGAAGAGAACCGGACCGGCGGCGGCAGCGCCGGCCACAGCAGUGGCCGCUCGAAGCGCAACGCGCUGUGGGAACGACAAGGCGAUUUGGACUCGGAGGAGCUCGCACUUCUCACCCCCGGUAUUGCAACGCUGCCCUUGCUCUCAUCUUCCGUCUCCGCCUACUCGCCGGCGCAUGCUCUAGCCUCUGCCGCCUCGCCGACGAAGCUGCCUUUUCUUGAGUGGACAACAUCGGCGAGCGGAGAGGGUGGUACUUCCACAGGCGAGCACUUGGGCCUCGCGCAGAUGGGAAGUCUCACUGCGGUUCCUUCGCACGAGACAAGUGACUCCGUUGCAGGCAUGUUGACCCGGCCCCCACUCUCUUACCUCUUGUCCACGACGCAGGAAGUGGACCGGCUUGUCGUUCUGCACCGUGCCGCUGCCAGUGGGCCGUCGCCGGUUGCUGGGACGUCGUAUUCGCCGCAGAUGGCCCUUGUCCGCCGGCGUUUGCAGUGCAUGACGCGCAGACUUUUCACUGGCAAAGCGUUUCAUCCAGGUGACGUCGUCAGCUACGUUGGUGGCCUUGUGCGGCGGCGCGGUGACUCCCGAUGCCGCGUGUCGAACUCCUGCCUCGAGAUCCCUCUUCGCUUCUUUCUCCCGCCACGACUGCGCCACCGUUGUGGCGGCAGGGCUUGCUUGGCACGCUCAGGAGAUUCGCAGGGCGACACAGCGGAGGACGCAACGUUGCAGACCUUCUGUGAGCGCCUCGAUCGCCUUUCCCUUGUUGUGACAAACGAGUUCAUGUACUGCCCCUGCCUCGUGCUGGAGGUUACGCAGGAGGAGGAUAGGGCGCCACUGAUAGGGACAGAGGUAAGCGACUCUGCCAGCGAUAGUGCUGGGUAUGAGGACGAGGUGGAUGAUGCGCUCGAGUCCUGCAACGUGGCCCUCGUGCUCACGUUGGACACUCUUGGCAGCCCCUUCGCGUGUGCAGUGGCGAUCAAGCCCAUCGGCGCCUUUGAGCCCCUUCUGGCGCGUGCGCAGUAG